AAGAGAUCAAGAAUAGGAUGAAGAAGAAACGACCACGUGGCAUGCACGUGAUCGGUGUGGUUAUAUACAUGCUUCGCCGUCGUCGGAGGAGAAAGCCACUUAAUAACGGGUUUUGGCGGCGAGUUGUCGAGUCUUUUCGGCAGUUGAAAAACGAUAGUAUUACGGUACCGCCAUCGUCUAAUAUUAUGAUACUGCCAUCAUCUUCACCGGUGAAGGAGGAAGCUCCGGUGAGUAGUGACGAUCAGCUAUCAGAGAUGGUAGAGAAUCAGGCUUAUACAGAACGUUACAAAUUAAGCCAAAGGGACGAUUAUGAGUUGAAGACGAGAGACGUUAAGAUUCAAAAAUUCAAAAAAGGAAAAUGGCAUGGCAAUUUCGUAGGCCAGAUUUGGAUUAACACUCCUCUCCUAAUUAUAUACUCGCAUCAACUCCAAAACCCCAAAUACUUUUUGUACUCUUCAUCUUCUCGGGAGCAAAAUUCAUCGAUCGAAACUCUGCCGAUGUCUCUCAGGCCUAGCGCAAAGACGGAGGUCCGACGGAAUCGGUACAAAGUGUCGGUCGAUGCGGAGGAGGGACGGCGGAGGCGAGAGGAUCACAUGGUUGAGAUCAGGAAGAACAAGAGGGAGGAAAAUCUGCAGAAGAAGAGACGCGAGGGGAUCUCCGCUUCACCGGCUUUCGGCUCGGAUUCGGCUGAAACGGGACACGAUCUUUCUUCAACGAACAAUCUAAUGAAAAGUCUACCGGAUAUGGUUGCUGGAAUCUGGUCAGAGGAUAGCAAGUCACAAGUGGAGGCAACUAAUCUCUUGCGGAAACUGCUUUCGAUUGAACAAAAUCCUCCUAUCAAUGUUGUUGUAGAGUCUGGCGUUGUUCCUCGCGUUGUGAAGUUUCUUUCGAGAGAUGACUUACCCAAACUUCAGUUUGAGGCAGCUUGGGCGCUCACCAACAUUGCUUCAGGGACAUCAGAGAACACAAAUGUCAUCAUUGAAAGUGGUGCUGUCCCGAUGUUCAUCCAUCUUCUCAGCUCGGCUAGUGAGGAUGUCCGGGAACAGGCUGUUUGGGCGUUGGGGAAUGUUGCUGGAGACUCGCCAAGUUGUCGUAAUCUUGUACUAGAUUAUGAUGCCAUGAUGCCUCUUCUGUCUCAAUUCAAUGAGAACACUAAGCUCUCAAUGCUCAGGAAUGCUACAUGGACCUUAUCAAACUUCUGCAGAGGGAAACCACCGCCUCUGUUUGAAAAGAUGAAACCAGCUUUACCAGUUCUUGAGCGCCUUGUGCAAACAACAGAUGAAGAAGUUCUCACAGAUGCAUGUUGGUCUCUGUCAUACCUCUCAGAUGAUUCGAACGACAAAAUACAAGCGGUUAUCGAUGCAGGCGUUCUCCCUCGCCUCGUCGAGCUCUUAGCUCACCCGUCGCCACCGGUGCUGAUUCCUGCUCUUCGUACCAUUGGAAAUAUUGUAACCGGCGAUGAUCUACAGACUCAGAUGGUUCUCGACCAUCAAGUGCUUCCUCGUCUUUUGAACCUUUUAACAAAGUCUUACAAGAAGAGUAUCAAGAAGGAAGCUUGCUGGACUAUCUCAAACAUCACAGCUGGGAGUAAAAAUCAGAUACAGGCAGUGAUUGAAGCAGGUUUGAUUCAGUCUCUGGUUUGGCUGCUCCAUAGCGCAGAGUUUGAAGUAAAAAAAGAAGCUGCUUGGGGAAUCUCGAAUGCUACUUCUGGUGGCACUCAUGAUCAAAUCAAAUUUAUGGUGAGCCAAGGCUGUAUCAAACCGCUAUGCGAUCUUCUUACCUGCCCAGAUCCAAGAAUCGUAUCGGUUUGCUUAGAAUCGCUGGAGAACAUUCUUGUGGUUGGAGAAGCAGAGAAGAACUUGGGUCACACAGAAGACGGUAAUAACCUCUAUGCUUCGAUGAUAGAUGAAGCAGAAGGAGUUGAGAAGAUUGAGAAUCUGCAGAGCCACGACAACAACGACAUAUACCAAAAGGCCGUGAAAAUCUUGCAAACCUUUUGGACUGAAGACGAUGGAGAAGAAGAAGGCAACGAUGAAAACCACGCUCCGCAAUCCGGUUUCCAGUUCGGAAGCACUCAAGUUCCUCCUCGUCAGACAAUAUCGAAAGGUGCUAACGUGAAGUAAGUCAAGUAGAAGAAAGAAAUCUUCUCUCUUGUUUUUCUCUCCAUGGCCACUCCUCACAACUCGUUUUCUAUUUUGAAGUUUGUCUUGUGUUUUUGGGGAAGAGAAACAAUAAUGUUGGGUGUUUUUUUCAAUAACGAAUCUCUUUAUAUCACGAGUGGAAACAAAAGUUUAUUUGUUUGCUCUGUUCUUGAAGCACGUAAUCAAUGGGUAAAUCAUUUUGACCCCAAAUUUUACAAAACAUGGUAAGCUUGAAUAGGUCUUAGAUUCUAAACAAGAGCAAUUUUUUGAGCAACGGUCGAAC